AUGACAGGUUCACAUGAAAUGGAGUCUAUAAUGUUAGAUUCAAUGGAAGAAGAAUUUCCAGUUUCAGUUGAAACCUUAGGAAAAUUAGUAGAUGUACCAAAAGGUUUCGAUACAUACGCUGAGUUAGGUGGACUUAGCGGUUUAUCAACAAAAUUAAAAUCAAAUAUAAAAACUGGUUUACCAUUAGAAAAAUCAUCAACAGAAGAAAAUAGAGUUUUAAAAUAUUCAAAAAAUAUUUUACCAGAUCCACCCCAUCAACCAUUAUGGUCAAUUGUUUUAGAUGCAUUAUCAGAUCAUAUUUUAAUACUUUUAAUAGUGGCAGCAGUAGUGUCAAUUGUAUUGGGUUCAAUUGAUUAUACAUCAGAUCAUCCAGAGACAGGAUGGAUUGAUGGUGUUGCAAUUUUAGUAGCAGUUAUAUUGGUAGUUGGUAUUACAUCAUUGAAUGAUUUCAAGAAUCAAGCUAGAUUUAGAGAAUUAAAUGACAAGAGUAACGAUAAGGAAGUUAAAGGUAUUCGUGGUGGUGAACAAUGUCAAAUAUCAAUAUUCGAUGUCAAGGUUGGUGAUAUUAUCUCAUUGGACACUGGUGAUAUCAUUUGUGCCGAUGGUGUUUUCAUUGAAGGACAUGCAUUGAAAUGUGAUGAAUCAUCAAUCACAGGUGAGAGUGACCCAAUCAAGAAGGGUCAACCACAAGACAAUAUGGACCCAUUCUUAAUCUCUGGUUCAAUGGUAAUCGAAGGUUUUGGUACGAUGUUAGUCACAGCCGUUGGUGUAAAUUCAUUCAAUGGUAAAACUAUGAUGGGUCUCAGAGUGGCCUCUGAAGACACACCACUCCAAAUGAAAUUAUCCGUGUUGGCAAGUCGUAUUGGUUAUUUCGGUAUGGGUGCUGCCAUUCUCAUGUUGCUCAUUGCAAUUCCAAAAUAUUUCAUUCAACGUAAAGUACAUGACAUUGAAAUCACUCGUGAAGAUGCUCAACCAAUUGUACAAUUGGUGAUUAGUGCUAUCACUAUCGUUGUGGUUGCUGUCCCAGAGGGUCUACCAUUGGCUGUAACUAUGGCUUUGGCAUAUGGUAUGAUGAAGAUGUUUAAGGAGAAUAAUUUAGUACGUAAUUUAGCAUCCUGCGAAACUAUGGGUUCUGCAACAACUAUUUGCUCCGAUAAAACUGGUACACUCACUCAAAAUGUUAUGUCUGUUGUCACUGGUACCAUUUGUGGUGUUUUCCCAACCCUCGACGGCAUUGCUCAAAAGAUUCCAAAACAUGUUCAAUCCAUCCUCACCGACGGUAUGGCCAUUAAUUCAAAUGCCUACGAAGGUGUUUCUAGUAAGGGUAAAUUGGAAUUCAUUGGUUCAAAGACUGAAUGUGCAUUAUUAAAUUUUGGUAAAUUAUUUGGUUGCGAUUAUAAUGAAGUUAGAAAACGUUUAGAAGUAGUCGAACUUUAUCCAUUCUCAUCCGCAAGAAAAAGAAUGAGUGUAUUGGUCAAACAUGAUCAAAAUCUUCGUUUAUUCACAAAGGGUGCCUCUGAAAUCAUCCUUGGCCAAUGUGGUAGUUACCUUGAUGAAGCUGGUAACAUUCGUCCAAUCUCUGAGGCAAAAGCAUACUUUGAAGAACAAAUUAAUAAUUUCGCUAGUGAUGCACUUCGUACCAUUGGUUUAGCCUAUAGAGACUUCCAAUAUGGUGAAUGUGAUUUCAAAGAGCCACCAGAGAAUAACUUGGUUUUCAUUGGUAUCGUUGGUAUUAAGGAUCCAUUACGUCCAGAGGUACCAGAGGCUGUGGAAAUUUGUAAACGUGCUGGUAUCGUAGUUCGUAUGGUAACUGGUGAUAAUUUAGUGACCGCUCAAAACAUUGCACGUAAUUGUGGUAUUCUUACAGAGGGUGGUCUUUGUAUGGAGGGUCCAAAAUUCCGUGAACUUUCUCAAUCGGAAAUGGAUGCAAUUCUUCCAAAACUUCAAGUUUUAGCUCGUUCAUCACCAACCGAUAAACAAUUGUUGGUUGGUCGUUUAAAGGAUUUAGGUGAGGUUGUCGCUGUUACUGGUGAUGGUACAAACGAUGGUCCUGCCCUUAAAUUGGCAAAUGUUGGUUUCUCUAUGGGUAUCUCUGGUACUGAGGUUGCCAUUGCCGCUUCCGAUGUCGUACUUUUGGAUGAUAAUUUCGCUUCAAUUGUUCGUGCCGUCUUAUGGGGUCGUAAUAUUUAUGACGCAAUUUGUAAAUUCCUUCAAUUCCAAUUGACAGUAAAUGUAGUAGCUGUCACUGUUGCAUUCAUUGGUACAUUAACAAGCGAUGUUGUUGAAGAUAAAGAUAAUUCCUCCUCCAGUGGUAGUGCUGAUAAAGUUACCGAGGAGGAGCCACGUCAAGGUUCACCAUUAACAGCUGUACAAUUACUUUGGGUCAAUCUUAUUAUGGAUACUUUAGCCGCUUUAGCACUUGCAACCGAACCACCAACACCAGAAUUAUUAGAACGUCCACCAAAUGGUAAGAAUGCACCAUUGAUCACUCGUUCAAUGUGGAAGAAUAUCAUUGGUCAAGCUGCACUUCAAUUGGCUAUUCUUUUCACAAUUCUCUAUCAAGGUCAUAACAUUUUCCAACAUUUCGUCCCACAAGCUCAUGGUCCAAUCAUAAAGAAUGGUUUACAUCAUUAUACUUUGGUUUUCAAUUGUUUCGUUUUCCUUCAACUCUUUAAUGAAAUCAAUGCUCGUGUACUCGGUAGUAGAACAAAUCCAUUUAAAAACUUUUUCAAUAACCCAAUUUUCAUUGCUGUCAUGAUCUUCACUUUGGGUGUUCAAAUCAUUUUCGUUACAUUUGGUGGUUCUGCAACUUCAACCGAUUCUCUCUACAUUGUUGAAUGGAUUUGUUGUGUUGUAGUUGGUGCCAUCUCUUUACCAGUUGGUUUAUUAUUAAGAAAGAUUCCAAUUCGUGAACCAGUUGUAAAGAAUGAAAUACCAGUUCACUCUGAAGCUGUUUACACUUCUCCAUCUCCAAAUCCUUCCUCUUCCAAUUUAUUAGGUAGUGGUGGUGCUAAACCAAUCUCAAAGGAUUAUCCAACCUCUGGUGAAUCAACUCCACCAAUCAAUGAUGAAGGCUCACCAUUGGUCACAAGAAAGACCUCUGUUGGUGCCAGUGCAAAUGAUAAUAUCAAUACUCCAAUCCCAUCAUCCUCAUCAAAUCUUGUAAAUUUAAAUAAACCAACCCAAGUUGGUAGAGGUUGGCAAAUAGUAAGACAAACUCAUAAAAAAUUGGUUGUAAUUAAUGCUCUCAAAGAAUUUAGUCAAAAUAAAGAACCUGGUCUUGUUGAUGUAGUUCGUGGUACAAAUAGAGGUUCUUUACAUUUACCUGUAAAUCAAAUUAAUAAUUAA